GAAGGGCGGGGUAGGAGGGAAUUGAAGUUCAGGUUUCGCUCUUAACUCCGAGUGGCCCGGUGCUGACCGAGAGAGUGCCUGACUUGAGAACUGGGAACUCCAGACCUGGAUGUGGUGGAGCUGGGCUGAGACUUCUGGGCUGCUGAUCUGUGAGCCUGGUUUGAAAACUUGGUUGCUGGGGCUCCUCUCUUCAAGAAAUCUGAGUGCAGUAUUUAAAGUUACUGCUGUUUAAAAGCAAACACUGUUUACUACUCUUAGGUUAUCAUCAAGUGAAUCGGGGAAUGAAAAGAUCUUGAUUCAGGAGCCAUGGGUUCCAGCUCCUUCUCUUGAGAGCUCGGUGACCCUUGGGCGGGCCAACCUCUCUGAGAAGUUUCACUGACUUAGGUUUUAUUUGGACUGAGGAAAACUGUGCCUCUCAGAGAACAAGUUUCGACUUUCUGACUAAAUGACUCUUGUGCCAGUCAUAGCAGAACCCUACAGCCAUGUGCUGGCAGAGUUUGAGUCUCUGGAUCCGUUACUCUCAGCCCUGAGGCUGGACUCCAGUCGCCUAAAGUGCACAAGCAUAGCCGUGUCUCGGAAGUGGCUGGCUCUGGGCAGCUCGGGAGGAGGACUCCAUCUCAUUCAGAAAGAAGGCUGGAAGCACAGGCUGCUGCUCUCACACAGGGAAGGUGCAAUUUCUCAGGUUGCCUGUUGUUUACAUGAUGAUGAUUAUGUUGCUGUGGCUACCAGUCAAGGCCUUGUAGUUGUUUGGGAAUUGAAUCAAGAGCGUCGGGGGAAACCAGAACGAGUUUAUGUGUCUUCAGAACACAAAGGCCGAAAAGUUACAGCUCUCUGUUGGGACACGGCUCUUCUUAGAGUGUUUGUAGGGGAUCACGUGGGGAAAGUUUCUGCCAUCAAACUCAACACUUCUAAACAGGCCAAGGGAGCGGCUGCCUUUGUGAUAUUUCCUGUUCAGACGAUAACAACAGUCGACUCCUGUGUUGUCCAGUUAGAUUAUUUGGAUGGAAGACUACUCAUAUCUUCACUUACUCGAUCCUUCUUGUGUGACACUGAGAGAGAAAAGUUUUGGAAAAUUGGAAACAAGGAAAGAGAUGGAGAAUAUGGAGCUUGUUUCUUCCCCGGAAGGUGCUCUGGGAGCCAGCAACCUCUGAUCUAUUGUGCCCGCCCUGGCUCCAGGAUGUGGGAAGUGAACUUUGAUGGGGAAGUGAUGAGUACACAUCAGUUCAAGAAACUGCUCUCAUUGCCACCUCUCCCUGUGAUCAGUGUCAGAUCAGAACCUCAGUAUGAUCAUACAGUUGGCUCCUCCCAGUCUUUGUCUUUCCCCAGACUCUUGCAUCUUAGUGAACAUUGUGUGCUGACCUGGACAGAAAAAGGAAUUUAUAUUUUCAUUCCUCAGAAUGUUCAGGUUCUUCUUUGGAGUGAAGUCAAAGAUAUUCAGGAUGUGGCUGUCUGCAAGAGUGAGCUGUUCUGUUUACACCUAAACGGGAAAGUCUCCCAUCUCUCUCUGUUGUCCGUGGAGCGCUGUGUGGAACGACUGCUACGGAGAGGCCUAUGGAACCUGGCUGCUCACACGUGCUGUCUUUUCCAAAAUUCUAUCAUUGCCAGCAGAACAAGAAAAAGCUUGACAAUAGAUAAACUGGAGCAUUUGAAAUCUCAGCUGGACCUUGCAACCUGUAGUGAUCUAAUUUCUCAACUGGAAGAAUUGAUCUUAAGAUUUGAACCUUUGGAUUCUGCUUGCAGCAGUCGAAGAAGUUCCAUUUCAUCACAUGAAAGCUUCAGCAUUUUGGACUCUGGUAUUUACCGUAUCAUUAGUAGUAGAAGAGGCAGUCAGUCAGAUGAAGACUCUUGCUCCCUUCACAGCCAAACCCUCUCAGAAGACGAGAGACUUAAAGAAUUCGCCUCACAUCAGGAGGAGGAGCAGCCGCCGGAUCAGUGCUGUGGCUCCCAGGGACAUGAAGACAAUGUUUCUCAUGUUCCAGUGACGUUUGCGACAGAUAAGAACGAAACUUUUCUCCCCUUCGGCAUUCCAUUAUCAUUUCGUUCUCCAUCUCCUCUUGUGUCUCUUCAGGCUGUCAAAGAAAGUGUUUCUACCUUUGUGCGUAAAACUACUGAGAAAAUUGGUACCCUUCAUACCAGCCCUGACCUGAAAGUGAGACCAGAACCCAGAGGUGAAGAGCAAUCUUAUGAAGAGGAUGUGAGUGCAGUUUCCUGCCCAAAGGAGGAAGACAUUGAGGAGAAAGAAGAGGUGGCAAGUCAACCCCCAGAAAAAGACAGGUUCCACGAGCUCAAAGUAGCCACAGCAGCAGCAAUGACCGAGCUGCAGGACCCUCUGGUUUUAUUUGACCCCGGGGCUCUGAGAAUGGUUUUACAGGAGUGGCUUUCACAAUUGGAAAAAACGCUUGCCAUGAAGGACGAUUCAGAUGUUGCUGAUACUGGCAGCUCAUCCGUGACGGUGAACCAGGAUGUGCUGUUGCCUGAUGAGUCACAAAAGGGAGUGGUGGAUGAAGACACUGAGAAAGAACAAAGGGACUCUUUGGGCCGUGAAGAACCUGUGGAUCAAGCAGUGUGUGAGUCUGUGAGUGGUCUGGAGGAGCCACAGGAUAAUUUUUUUCAACUAUGUUCUCCCUGCCCCAUAGCAAAUGAUCUUCAGAAAGACCUGGCUGAGUUGACGACUUUGUGUUUGGAAAUGAAUGUAUUGAGUUCUAAGAUCAAAUGCCCAAGUGGGCAUGUGGAUCACAGUCUGCAGCAGGGCUCUCCUGAAGAUACUCUGGCUUGCCAGUUCCUGAGGAAGUAUUUUUUCCUCCUGGACUUGAAAAGAGCAAAGGAGAUCAUCAAGCUUAGCUAUGGAAACACCCCUCGUGUUUGGGAUACUUUUAUUGCAGGUUUGAAAGAAAUGGCGAGUUCCAAUUCUACAUACAGGGAGAUGGAAGAAGGAGAUCUCCCAACAAGACUAAAGUUAUUAGAUGACUCGGUUCCUUGUGACAGUCCUUUGUUGAUUGCCUAUGCUUCCCGGUUGUAUGAGAAGUUUGGAGAAUCUGCCCUUCGAUCCUUGAUCAGGUUUUACCCAUCCAUUUUGCCUUCAGAUAUCAUGCUACUGUGUCACCAUCAUCCAGCUCAGUUUUUGGCCUAUUUAGACAGUCUGGUGAAAUCAAGGCCCGAAGAUCAGCGGUCAUUCUUCCUUGAGUCCCUUCUGCAACCAGAGUCUUUAAGAUUGGAUUGGCUGCUCUUGGCAGUGUCGCACAAUGCUCCACCAAGCACAAGUACCAUGGAUGAUGAAGGAUACCCCAGGCCUCAUUCACACUUGCUUUCCUGGGGUUACAGUCAGCUAAUCCUUCUUCUAAUCAAACUUCCUGCAGAUUUUACAACCAAAGAAAAAAUGACUGAAAUUUGUAGGUCUUGUGGUUUCUGGCCUGGAUAUCUUACUCUCUGUUUGGAGCUGGAGAGAAGACGAGAGGCCUUCACCAACAUUGUGUGUCUGAAUGAUAUGAGCCUGAUGGAAGGGGACAAUGGUUGGAUCCCAGAGACUACGGAGGAAUGGAAGCUGCUUCUCCAUCUCGUACGGAACAAGAGCACAAGGCAAGCCCCCGAGGAGUCGCUAAAUGGGAGCCUCAGCGAUGGGCCUUCCCCCAUGAACGUGGAGAACGUGGCACUCCUCUUAGCCAAGGCCAUGGGCCCAGACCGGGCCUGGUCACUGCUGCAGGAAUGUGGUCUGGCCUCUGAAUUGUCGGAAAAGUUCACCAGAACCUGUGAUAUCCUGAGGAUUGCCGAGAAAAGACAGAGGGCCUUGAUACAAAGCAUGCUCGAAAAAUGUGAUCGGUUUCUGUGGUCUCAGCAGGCCUAGUGGAAGAAGAUUCGGCAGGAUUUCCUGACAUCUUGGGAAGGCUGGAGUCAUGCUCCUCAACCUUCUGGAUGCGUCUGUUACAGAAAGGAAGGCACCACCACACCCCUGCCACGUUUUUAGGGCCCCUUUUUCCAGUGUCUGUAGCCUUGCCAUUUGUGGCUCUGGGACCUCAACAGUUACCAACCACGGUUGGAUUUUGAAAGGAGUGUGAAUAUUCACAGCUGUGUAGUAUUUAUUCUGAACUCCAGUGUGACUUGCUGUCACUCGUGGUCUGGGGGAAUUCUUGUCCUACUGUGUCCCUUGCAUUAGUCACGGGAAGGCAGCUAAUGCUAUUGACUGGAGUUGAAUUCUUGUUUUAUCUUGUCUAGGGCCAUGUAGAAAUUACUGAAGUAGGACUUGGUAUAAUGGAAUUCACAUGUAAAACAAGCGAAGCACUGAAGUUUCAAAUUAUAUUUAAAUAAAAUGGUCUCCUAUCUAAGUUGAACUAAUUUAAUGUUUCCCCCCAGUAUUUGACAUUUUGUAAUCUGAACCAGUAUAGAACUGACUGAUUAAUUACUGGACAUGUGUUAUCUCUAAUGAUUCUCAAAAGAAUCGUGCACUUUAAAAGAUUAUUUUUAAAAAGCCACAAUAAAAGCUGAGUGCCAAUAAAGGCUGUGUAAGUGCGU